UCACUCAAGAAACCCUCUGGUUCCUGUUCCGGUAAGCGCGAGACAACUCGUUGAUUAUCAAGGUAGCUAGCUUGACGUUCAAAGAAAAUCCAAGUUUGCUAAAGUUUUCUGUAACUUUUAGUUGUGGCAAGUUACUAGUAGUAAACAUCAGGUUGAAAUGAGUUAAGGAGCGGUUCAAGUAUCCGGGGUGGAACAGAAGGAAUACAGCCCAAGAUGAUUGAGCCAGAGCUUCUAACCGAGGUCCCUGCUUCACUGAAGAGGCUAGCUAAGCAGGUUGUGAGGGGAUUUUAUGGUGUAGAGCAUGCCUUGGCCCUGGAUGUGCUCAUUCGCAACCCUUGUGUGCGGGAGGAGGACAUGCUGGAGCUGCUCAAGUUUGACCGGAAACAGCUGCGCUCUGUGCUCAACACUCUGAAAUCAGACAAAUUUGUAAAGUGCCGCAUGAGAGUGGAGACGGCCCCUGAUGGCAAAACAACGCGACACAACUACUAUUUUAUCAACUACAGGCUAUUGGUCAAUGUUGUAAAGUACAAACUGGAUCACAUGCGAAGACGCAUCGAGACGGAUGAGCGAGACUCUACUAACCGGGCCUCCUUUAGGUGCCCCUGCUGCUUCUCUACGUUCACUGACCUGGAGGCGAAUCAGCUGUUUGAUCCUAUGACGGGUACUUUUCGCUGCACAUUUUGCCAGACUGAGGUGGAAGAAGAUGCGUCUGUGUGUCCUGCUGGCAGGACGCUGGUGGCCCGCUUCAAUGAGCAAAUCGAGCCCAUCUAUCAACUCUUAAGUAAAACUGAAGACAUCAACUUGUCUCAUGAUCUGCUGGAGCCCGAGCCCACAGAGAUCCCUGCUCUCAAACGUAGAGAACGUGCCACAGCCUCUGGAAACCCAGAGGGCGGACCGCAUCGGGAAGCCUGGGCAAACAAAGGAUCGGCUUACGCUGACUUGUACACACAGAAUGUGGUCAUCAAUAUGGAGGAGCAGAAUGAUCAACAGAAGCAGAUCAAUCGGGACAAAGCACCUAAGGAACAGCCCAUCUGGUUGACCCAGAGCACAGUUCAGGGUGCUUACAAUGAGCUGGACUCCAUCAAGACCUGUGGAGAGGUGAUGUCUGGAGCCCAGGAUGGAAUGACGGGUCAUGGAACAGGUCAAGCCGAUGAAAAUGAGGAAGUGAUGCGCGCCCUGCUCAUCCACGAGAAGAGGGCUGUCACAGGGGCAGGUGUGGGCGGAGCCAGCUCUGCUGUCAGGGGUCUCGCCUCCGCUAAAGCUAAUGCUAGUGACUCGGAGAGCGACACCAGUGAAUCAGAUGACGAGUUUCCCCCGGGCCCUCCAGCUGCUGCAGCCUCUCAGCGCCGUGCUGAAGAAGACGAGGAGGAUGAAGACGACUUUGAGGAGGUGGGGGAUGAGCCCAUGGUGAUGGUGGGGGGUCGGCCGUUCUCCUGCAGGGAGGUGAGCCAAAGACCUGAGCUGGUGGAGCAGAUGUCUGUGCAGGAGAAGGAGGCGUACAUCGAGAUGGGACAAAACCUCUUCCAGGACAUGUACUUCUGAGCAGACACUCACUCACUCACUCACUCACUCACUCACUCAUUUACCUUCUCCAGGAAAGCAAGAUGCUGCUGAAUUAGCUUAAUGCUGUCAUAAAAAGCAAGUUUACCAGAGCCGUAGUAUUUUGUCUGAAGUGUUUCGAACGCCACCGAGUGUUUUCUUUUUAGUUCCAAGUCUCGUUUGAACUCCACAUUUAAGAGUUUUAGCUGCAGCGUCUUGGUUUGUGUGUGACAGCUGGAAGGGACACACAUUUGUUUCAAUCAAUACAGCUGUCUCACACACAGGAAAAUAUCUCAUGCCUCUACUCAGUUUUCCCCAACGGGCGUAAUUGCAUUGAUUGUGUGAGACCUGCCAAAAGAUUUCUGAGCACUAAACGGUGUAGAGGCGGGACACGGUGAGCGACUGCUGCUGCCUUUGAGGAUGAUGCAUAAAGAAAAACACUUCCUGUUCCGCUAAAAACACAGACUUGGUUUUAAAGUCCAGAGGAGUAAAAUGAAUUUUGACUUGCAGGUUUUUUAAGAGUCAAAUGUUUGUAAGUUUGACUGAUUUGUCAUAAAACGCUACUGCUGUACAGCCAGAGGAAUGAACGUGUUAAAUUCAUUAAACCAACUCUGAUCAGU